CAAAAACACAGUCAAAUUUCAAAACCUAUUACUACAACUUGCAAUAAUAAUGAUAAUACUAUUAUAUUAACCAAGCCAGCAUAGCAGACCCAUGUUUCAUUGAUUCCACAAGUUUGUGUAUUACACGCAGAGAAAAACAACGGCCAUACCCAAUUUGUUUUAGAAUAAUCGCUUAAAUAAUAAUUCCUAAUUUUGCUUUUUUCUUCGUCUAUCUAUCUAUCCAUCUUCAAUGAAAAGUCAUCAUAACCAUAAUCAUAAUCUUCUUCAUUCUUCUUUUACUUCUGAUAUCAACAACUCUAUCAUAGACUUAAAUCCCAAUCAUCAAUUCACAAAAAACAUGGCGAUAUCACCUCAAACUUUCCCUACAACUAAACGACCACCUUCAGAGUCGUCGUUUAUCUCUCCAAACCUCACCAACUUCAAUCUUCUCCACUCUCUGUUACACCUCACCUACCAAAUAUCUUCAUUAAACGCACCUCCUUGGUGUCGUUUUCUCUUAAACAAAACCUCAUCUUCCACCAUCCGCAAAACGCAGCUCCUCGGCGUCGUUUUCGAAGACCUAAUUCGCAAUGAUUCAACUUCAAUUUCAAUUUCAACCACUAUUUGUUCAAACUCUUUUGAUCUUUGUCUUGAAGAAAUGUACAUAGUGUUGCACAGGAUCAAAACGUUGAUUGAAGAUUGUUCCAAUGGAAGCAAAUUCUCUAUUCUAAUGCAAAUUGAAAUCAUUGCGGAUAAUUUCAACAAACUCACCGGAGAAUUAUCGACGCUUCUAGAUGUUUUUCCGAUCCAUCAGUUUAAUCUCAACGACGACGUUUUGGAGAUUGUUCAUCUCAUCAGAAAACAGUGUUCAGAAUCAAAGCUUCUAUUAGGCGAAGAACAAAUCACUCUCCGAAACGAUGUCGUUUCUGUUCUGGAAGGGAUUAAAAGAGAGAUUGUUCCGAAUAAGGAGAAACUAGCUUCGAUUUUCGAGAAACUGGAAAUUCGCGAUUCAUCAACAUGCAGAACUGAGAUUGAAAAUCUUCAAGAAGAGAUUCAGAAUCAAAGUGAAGAACAAUCGAAAUCAAUUAUAUUUGCUUUGAUCGGCCUAGUUCGUUACGCAAAGUGUGUUCUCUUCGGAGCAUCAACGCCCUCGACGAGAAUUGAAACAUUCCGGCGGAAUCAGUCGUUGGAGAUUGUUGUUCCGGCGGAUUACCGGUGUCCGAUAAGCUUAGAACUGAUUCGUGAUCCUGUCGUCGUGGCAACAGGACAGACGUACGAUCGUGCCUCCAUCAAGUUAUGGAUUGAAUCUGGACAUAACACGUGUCCGAAAACAGGUCAGACCCUGGCCCACACGGAUUUAAUACCUAAUCAUGCUUUGAGAAACAUGAUAGCUUUGUGGUGCAGAGAACAGAAAAUUCCGUUUGAAGAUGACACGGUUACCGUUAAAAUAAACGGCGGUGUUGCCAAUAAAACAGCUUUGGAAGCUACGAGAAUGACGGCGUCGUUUUUAGUCAACAAGUUGACAUUGACUAACUCAAUGGAAGAUACAAACGGCGUCGUUUAUGAGCUUCGGGUGUUAGCGAAAACUGAUUCAGAAAGCCGAGCCUGUAUAGCCGAAGCUGGAGCUAUAGAGCUUUUGGUUCGGUUUUUAAGCUAUGAAGUUGGUUCGAACAACCCGAGCCUACAAGUUAACGCCGUGACAACGAUUUUAAAUCUUUCUAUCCUUGAAGCGAAUAAGAUAAAGAUAAUGGAAAGUGACGGCGCGUUAAAUGGGAUAACGGAGGUUUUACGAGCAGGUGCCACGUGGGAGGCGAAAUCGAAUGCUGCGGCGACGGUGUUUAGUUUAACGGGAGUUGUUGCUUUUAGAAAACGGUUAGGGAGGAAGACACGUGUCGUUAGUGGAUUGGUUGAGUUAGCUAAAAGUGGACCUGAGGGAGCGAAGAGAGAUGCUCUUGCGGCGAUAUUGAAUCUGGCGUCGGAUCGUGAAACGGUGGCGAGGUUAGUUGAGAGUGGCGCGGUUCAGAUGACGGCGGAGAUAAUGCCUGGAAUGCCGGAGGAAGCUGUGACAAUACUUGAAGCGGUGGUAAAGCGGGGAGGAUUGGUGGCGGUUGCGGCGGCUUUUAUGGGGAUAAAGAAAUUGGGGAAGGUGUUGAGGGAGGGAUCGGAGAGGGCAAGAGAGAGUGCGGCGGCGACGCUGGUGACGAUGUGUAGGAAAGGUGGAUCGGAGAUUGUGACGGAGCUUGCGGGGAUUCAUGGUGUGGAGAGGGUGAUUUGGGAGUUGAUGGCGGUGGGAAGUGUGAGAGGGAGGAGGAAGGCGGCGACGUUGUUGAGGAUUUUACGGCGGUGGGCGGCGGGUUUGGACGGUGGUGAAACGGAAGGGUUUUCUACAACUAAUGCUUCUGUUAGUGCGUCAACUACCGUGGUUGUUCCAACUACUACUUCAUCAGUACAAUAGCACAAUUAAUUUGUAAAUUUCUCAACUUUCGUUGUGAGUUAGUUAUUUUUUUACUAUUUUUUUUAGUUUACUUGAUUUUACCUUUUCUGUAAAAUGUAGCAUAUGGGGAAAUUUUCUUUUUUUGUUAAUGGAAAUAUAUACAUUCUUUCAUUAUUUGAAUUUGCUAUGAAGUAAAAAGUGAGUUUUGCAUUUUGUUA